AUGCAGCAGAAAAUCAAUCAAUUGCUGUUUGAAGGUACACCAUCCGUUCACUGUGGUAAUGACUUUAUCAGAUUUUCGGUGAAUACUCAAGCACCAUUCACGGGGAAAUUGUAUGUUAAGGGCGAAUAUAACAAUAAUCGCUGUGUUAAACGUUUCUACACACUUCCUGAAGAUUAUUACCCAGAUGAUACUGAUUUAAGACAAGAAACUGAUCAGUCAUCAAAUGAUAAAGCUGCUGUAUCACAGCAGAACAGUGUCAGUUACGAAAAACCUGAUACUUAUGUGACAAAAUUCACUAAAAGUUCGAGCCAAAGUUAUCAUCCAGAAGAAGGAGAGUUUACAGAAUUUGAAGGCAGUGGAAGUUAUCGUUGGUGCCCACCUUGUCCAGCCUGUGGCUAUAAUAAUCGGUAUCCUCGAGAUAUACCUGAGCAACCACACAUUGAUAUCAGGCUAGGAGCUUGUAAUGCAAAAAAGGACAGAACGUUAACUCCACCCGGUGUGGUUGUAACCCUUACUGUCGUCGUCAGUUUUCACCAGAGUUUUAUUACAAUAUCAGAUCGUGCCUAUCAUGUGCAGUGUGCUUAUGUGGAGGAAAAUAAGCAAGUCAGUGCGCAAAUUGAUGUUAGUAUGCCACCGUUAGAGGAACUGAUUGACAUCAAUGAACCACCAAAAUGUACUUAUCAAGUAAGAGGGCCUAACAAAGAGACAUUAAAUAAUGUUAGAGUGGGAGACGAAAUCAGGCAUGAAUGGAGUUGUACGUCAAAGUAUCAACAGCUUUACAAAAUGCUUGUAAGCAACUGUUAUGUGGAAGGCAGUGAGAGAGAAAAUGCUCUUGUUAUAGACGACAGAGGCUGUUCAGCUGACGAAGCAAUUAUUCCUACGCCUGAUUAUGCCUCUGACUCAUUAACUGCGACAGCACGGUCAUCAGUGUUUAAGUUCCCUGACAGUUCCGAUAUAGGAUUCCGAUGUGACAUUACUGUAUGCGUGCGCGGCGAGGAAGAUUGUGAAGAAAUAAGUCCACCUUCUUGCUCUCCUAUAAGAGAACGGCGAAUGAUAACAAAUAAGACGAACAAUUUUUGGAGACUUCAUACACCCACAUUAAAUGUUAUGGACAUUGACUUUCCAGUUCCAGACAAAGGUAUAGCUCUAGACCCACUACCGACUUUGACAGAAAUUCUGUUGCCGCUCAACAAAAAAAGUCGCCCUCGUUCACAAAAUCAUUGA